AUGGCACUUCCUUCGCGUUGCACUGAGGCUCCAAUGUCUCAACAGCCAAGUUCUCACUAUGUACGCACCCAUCAGUAUGCUGCCGGCGCCACGAGAAUGCAACGGGUCAACUGUUUCUCUAUGCCAGCUGCCGAUCACGAGUCCUGUGCUCAGCUCGAGAACGUCAACGCAGACUCCCAUUGUUACCCGGAGGGUGAUUUCGUUCCGUCAGGCUUCUUUGAGAGGGUUGAUUCGGACAUGUUUAGACUGCCGCCACGCAUGAACGACUGGAAAUACCACAUGCGUCGGGAAGCUCAAAUGAUUCUACCGUUCCUUUAUCUGGGUCCGUGGGCAUGCUUGAAAGAUCGGAUCUGGCUCGACAAAGAGGGGUUUACUCUGCUUCUUGCGAUUCGAGAUCAGCGACUGGCACAUGCGCGGCUGGUCUCCGGCGAGAAGGCCGCUAUGGAAUUGGGCAUCGAAACGUCCGCAGUGGAUACGGUGAAUAUCCAAGAGCUCAUCACGGCGUUGCCCCGUGCGAUACGGCUGAUCAACGAUCAUGUUUCUACUCCGGCAAAUGCGCAAUGCCACAACUCGUCGCGUCGCAAGGUCCUCUUGUUCUGUGAGACUGGCAAUGGUCAUUCCGCUCUCGUGUUGAUCGCGUACCUGAUGGUGAUGUUAAGUGUGGAUUUCGCCCAGGCCUUGCAGAUUGUUCAGUUGCAGCGUUUCUGCAUCGACCUGGACGAACCGUUGAAGCAUAUACUGUUAUCGUUCGAAUCUAUCCUCGACGCCAAAAGAGAUGUCGAAAAAUCCAGGAGAACGGCAUCGGCGAAUCCGGGCCUGGCAACUCUGGCGACUACCAAUAACAAGAAAAGGGACUUGGAGGACUCCAACGACAUGGAAGACAGUAUGGAUAUGGAUGACCACGAAGGCAUCGUUCCGGACCGUCGAGGUACAGCUCCUUUCCAGGAUCGUUAG